AUGGUUGGUCCCACAGAUCGGCUCAAGCAACUCGCAUCCCACUUUACUUCCGCAAAUCCGGUUCCUGGGCCACCUCCUAUUCAGUCAGGCGACAGUCAUGAGUAUCACCACAGGAACAACUUUCAUACGCUGAGUCCAACAUGCUUUCUCUGGCGCGCCGCACAAAUCGAGCCAAAUGCGACGGCGAUCUAUCACAAGACAGCGAAUAAUCAAAUCUUGCGCCGCUCAUACGCGGAGGCAGCGGAUCGCGCACGAGGACUGGCCUACUACUUACGGAAACAUGGCUACAAAAGGAUUGGAAUUCUGGCGACCAACACUCCUGCCUUCCUGGAAAGCCUCUUUGGGAUUGCGGCUGCAGGAGCCGUCAACGUUGCAGUCAAUUACCGCCUGAAGCAUGACGAUAUCAAUUAUAUUUUCCAGCAUGCGGAUGUCGACAUGAUCAUUGCAGAUGCGGAAUUCGAAGGGCUGUUGGCUGAUUUCAAACGAGAUAAGCCUAAUGUGCCAAUACUCAUAGACACGGAUACAGACGUGACGGAGGGCGAGCUUUCUGGGCCUUUUGAUGACGCGGUCUUGGAAGGCUUGAAGUAUGAUAUUGAGAAAGGUGGGAAAGGAUGGACAGAGCUCGAGUCGCAGGCACCAGAUGAAGAGGCUGUUUUCGCACUUGCAUAUACCAGUGGCACUACCGCACGCCCUAAAGGCGUAGAACUCACGCAUCGUGGAGUGUACCUCGCAGCCAUGGCCAAUGUUAUCGAAUCCGGACUGAACUAUCAUGAAGGUCGCGCAAAGUAUCUCUGGACCCUUCCGAUGUUCCAUGCAACAGGCUGGACGUUCCCAUGGUCGGUUACAAUGGUUCGAGGAACACACUAUUGUCUGCGCAAGAUCGACUACCCAGAGAUAUGGCGACUGCUCAAGGAAGAAGGUAUCACGCACUUCAAUGCUGCACCCACAGUGAACACGCUACUCUGUGCAGCCAAGGAGGCGGAAAGGUUACCACAGCCUGUGCGGGUCACGGUUGCGGCAUCUCCACCUUCAGCUUUCCUGUUCGAGCAAAUGUCCAAUCUCAAUCUUCAUCCCGUUCACGUCUACGGUCUGACUGAAACUUACGGUCCCACUACAAAAGGAUAUCAUAUGCCGGAAUGGGACACGAUUCCAGAGAAGGAAAAGUACGAGCGCAUGGCUCGCCAAGGUCACGGCUUCAUCACCGGUCUUCCCGUUCGAGUUAUCAAAACAGAGCAACCAGAAGGUGUUCUCAUCGAUGUUGCAAAGGACGGCAAAGAAAUAGGCGAGGUCAUAUUUGAGGGCAAUAUCUGCGCAAAAGGAUACUACAAAGACGCCGAAGCCACUCGGAAACUUUGGGCUGGCGGAGUCUUACACAGCGGCGAUCUAGCAGUCUGGCAUCCAGACAAUUCUAUCAAGAUUCUGGAUCGUGCAAAGGAUAUCAUCAUCUCUGGUGGCGAAAAUAUCAGCUCCGUUGCACUAGAAGCCAUGCUCUCGACGCACCCCGCCAUACUCGAAGUCGGCGUCUGCGCAGUCCCAGACUCGCACUGGGGCGAGCGACCCAAAGCCUACGUCACCGUCAAAGACGGCUAUGCAAGCAAUGAGGAGAUUGGUAAAGAGGUGAUUCAAUGGGCCAAGGAAAACAGUAGUAUUAGCCGAUUUAUGGUGCCAAGGGAGGUUGUGGUUGUAAAAGAGUUGCCGAAGACGAGUACGGGCAAGAUUAAAAAGAAUGUACUUCGCCAAUGGGCUAAGGGGAAUAUGGAGGCGAAGUGA